UGGGUAUUUUCAAAGACAAGGGAACAGUCGUGAGCCACAGCCAAAUCGAACUUCAUUUCCCAGGAGAAAAUGCAAUUUGUCAGUUUCUACUGUCUACGAGCUCAGACAGGCAGUGCAAGGGAGGACUCAUCGGAACGGUGUCAAAUUCUGUCUGUUUUACAACGAUUAUUGCAUUUGCAGUCAAAAGAGGCAACAUUUAAACUCACUUGGUGUGAAUCUCUAGCCCCCCGCCCGCUACCCUUGCACAGAGAUAUGAGCGGCAGCGGGCGGCCCAGAACUAGCUCGUUUGCUGAGCCACAAAGUAAUCCCGGAGCCGCUGCAGCAUCCACCGGAUCAGCCGCUGCGGUGGGGAGCAGCACAGGAAAGACCGGGGUCCAGCAGGCCUCGGGGAGCAGUUCGUCUGGAUGCUCAAAUUUAAAGCUGGCCAGGGACAGUGGGAAGGUGACUACGGUGGUGGCCACAUCUGGGCAGGGUCCCGACCGCCCACAGGAGGUGUCCUACACGGACAUCAAGGUGAUCGGGAAUGGCUCUUUCGGUGUGGUGUACCAGGCACGCCUCAUCGACAGCCAGGAGAUGGUGGCCAUAAAGAAGGUGCUGCAGGAUAAGAGGUUCAAGAACCGAGAGCUACAGAUCAUGCGAAAGUUGGACCACUGCAAUAUCGUGAGGCUGCGCUUCUUCUUCUACUCUAGUGGAGAAAAGAAGGAUGAGGUGUAUCUCAACCUGGUGCUGGACUUUGUCCCGGAGACCGUGUACAGGGUGGCCCGGCAUUUCAACAAGGCCAAAAGCAUCAUUCCUAUCAUUUACGUCAAGGUGUACAUGUACCAGCUUUUUCGCAGCCUGGCCUAUAUCCAUUCCCAGGGUGUCUGCCAUCGAGACAUCAAACCCCAGAACCUGCUGGUGGACCCUGAAACUGCCAUCCUAAAGCUCUGUGACUUUGGGAGCGCGAAGCAGCUGAUUCGCGGGGAGCCCAAUGUGUCGUACAUCUGCUCACGGUACUACCGCGCCCCAGAGCUCAUCUUCGGCGCCACCGACUACACGGCCAACAUCGACAUCUGGUCGGCGGGCUGCGUGCUGGCCGAACUGCUACUGGGACAGCCUAUCUUCCCCGGGGACAGCGGAGUGGACCAGCUAGUGGAGAUCAUCAAGGUUUUGGGAACUCCGACACGGGAACAGAUCCGAGAAAUGAACCCCAACUACACAGAGUUCAAAUUCCCCCAAAUCAAAGCACAUCCCUGGACAAAGGUGUUUAAGCCUCGCUCCCCUCCGGAGGCCGUCGCCCUGUGCUCGCGCCUGCUGGAGUACACCCCGGUCACCCGCUUUUCACCCCUGGAGGCCUGCGCUCACGCCUUCUUCGACGAGCUGCGCCAGCCCAACGCCCGGCUGCCUAGCGGCCGACAGCUGCCCCUGCUCUUCAACUUCAGCACCACUGAGCUGUCAAUCCAGCCCCAACUGAAAUCCACCCUAAUUCCUCCUCAUGCCCGCGCACAGUCCAGUUCAUCUGUAGAUGGCUCUGGGUUAGACGGCUCCUCUCAGCACAGCUCAGUACCCGGAUCACUCAACAACAGCACCUGAAACAUCCCUGCCAACCCUCUGUCUGCCAGCCCCCCUCACACACACACUAUAUUGCUUCUUUCUACUUCGCUGCUUGUUAUUUCUCCCCAUCGGUUACAAACAUACCUUUUUGUACUGUACAUACAUUGAACAAACCAUUUAUAGCGUUAGAGGGUAUCAUUAGCUGACAAGGUAGUUUUGUUACAUUUCAUUGAAACUAGAUCAGCACUACAGGCAGAGUUCGACACUCUCUCUCACACACACACACACACACACACACACUUUCUCAUGUAUUGAUGACACCUUAAGUAUUAUUCCACUCCCUGGCUGCAUCUCCUUUGGCCCAGCUCCCUCUUUCUCUCUGCCUGUUUAUAACACUCAUGUUCCUGCUGUUGAGGGUGGCAUUCGAAGGUUCAGUAGGUGGGGCAGGUCCUCUCUAUAAUAUAUAUUUUUUUUAAUCAAGUUUUUUUUUUUUUGUCUUUUUAUUCUAAUGUGUAUUUAUUUAACUGAAGACUUCAUGAAGAGUUCUGCCACAACCACACACAAAUUCUACAGGAGUUUGUCUCUACAAGCUAGUUGAGGUGUUUCCCUGUUACAGUCAUUUGUAGACAAAUUGGAUAAAAUGGUUCUGGUUGCCAGAUGGAGGGAGGAAGAUGCCGUGUUUUGUUUUAAUACUUUUUAUAAAAUUAUAUUUAAAAAUAUGAAAUGACAGCUGCUUAAUUUUUUUUUCCGUUUAUUUUUUAUUUUUUGCUUCGAAGGCACUGUGAAUUUUUACAUGGAAAGGGGAGGGUUCAAGUUUAUAAUUGGUAGCCAUACUUGCUAGCAAAUUUCCAGUGUGUGUGUUGAGGAUCUGAAGGAAAGGGUUUGACAGAUGGUGAGGCUGGUGGUGUUCGUGUGGAGACUGAGACAUCCAUGAUUCACAUCUGUGUAGCAGCAUCUCUCAGACAGUCCCAAACUGAGCAUCCCUUUACUGUCCAUGGGAAGACAACCAUCUAUAGGACCUUCAUUCCUGUAUUUAAGACUGCUGUGGUAGUGAAAUGUCACCUUCCUAUUGGCUUCAAUAUAUGGCAUACCAUAAAAGAUAUUGUAUGGUGAGGUUACAUGUUUGAUUUCAAAAACUGGUUCUGGCUAAUUUGGCACUCAUGCAUUCAUAGCAUGAACUUUCCAGAACUCCUGAUUAAAAAAAAAAAAAAUGUAAGUAUAUACACGCUGUGCUUGACGGCGUGUAUAUAGAAAGUGGACUUUCACAGCACACUUGUUAGAAUCUUUGUCAGUGUUGCACCCAUCAUUGUAGAGGACCAAGGGAUUAUCAACUAUGGGUUCAGCCAUGUGGACAUACCAGUAUCCUACAUGGAGUAGCUGACUCCAGUUUGGACAUUUGAAACAGACCAUGAUUCCAGUUCCGUUCUGUUAAUUCUCAAAUGGAGUCUAGAUCUUGUGUGUGAAGACGCGUACUCUGUUACUGGUGUAGUGUGGCCGAUAGCGAGUUCAUAGUAGCCCUACAGUCUUGUGCUUGUGGGAGUGAAUGAGAAUGAGUGAGAAAUUGAUGCGGGUGAGGGAAUGGCAGUGUUUUUUUUGUGUGUGUGUGUGUGUGAUGAUAAUGUGUUGUUGUUCAUGUGAAUAAUCGUACUCCGAAUCCAAUCUGCACCGUUUUGAAAAGCCAGUGUUGUAGAUUUAGAUCAGUUCUCAGUACUGACCACUUGAAAGCUUUCUAGUACACGCGUGUUAUAUUGUACCACCUCUACCACCCACUUGUAGAAACAACCGUCACAUGUGCUGACGUUGGUUUAAAGAACACAUUUUUUCUUCCUAUCUCUCUGAAGCCAUCUUCUUCCUAGCCCGGAAUCCCAAUUGAUUUGCGUGAAAUGGAGCAUAUUGGUUUGGAUUCCUUUUCUUCUUUUCUUCUCCCGCCCUGUAAAUAUCACCAACUUUUAAUUUCCCCUCGUUAUUUUUAUUACAGUGUUUUAUUUUUCCGUUACCUGUUGAACUCGUCACGGACCACUUUCAGUUCCAUUCAAAAGUCUGUAAAUACAAUCAGUUUCAAUGGCCUGAUUUCAAGAUUUAAAUACAAAACAAAAGACCACAUUUUCCCUCCCUGUUUGUUGAUGUCUCUCUCUCCUCUCUCUCUCUGGUCGCGCGCCUCCAUAACGUGUGAUUGUACUGUAUCUCUCGGCUUUAUUUAUUACCUCACUUGGUGUUCUCGUGUAGGGAGAGGUUGAGGCACCGACUGUUUUGUGGGCAUUAUGUAGAGUGUUCCAGAAUACAUGUACUGUACUUGGAACCCACGACAUUGGUAUGUUUGGAAAGUUGUACUGAAAAUGUUUGGUUGGAUAUAUCCAGAUUUGAUCAGACUAUAUCUGUGGUACGAUUCCAACUAAUAUAUUUCCCUGGUUUUUAAUGUUGUUUUUAAAAAAAAUGUUUUAACCUUAAGUCACCUACGUACUGACCUUUUGACAGGGAAAUGUGAUUGUGGGCUGUGAGUUUACCAGACAACCAUUUGGCCAAUGCACGGCCCCUGUACCCAUUCAUUACAAUGGGCGCCCAAUGUAAGAGAUUUAAAUUGUGUGAAAGUGUCAUGUUGUACUGCAGAGAAGCCAUAAUAAAUGUUUAAAAAAUACCCGCUGGAUGUGAAGGGUAAACCUGAGGGGCUUGAUGGCGACACGGGGUCGGAUGGUGCAGCCAGCCUCCCUCCCCUGACAAUGCCGACGCCCAUCACGGACAAUUCCGACUUGCUGCUUUCAAAAUGUCAGCCACGGACAAAAUGCAGCGACUUAAGUACAAACCAGUUAUCAACCCCCUCCCUCCUGUUCUGUGUGUUGAUGUACAUGCCUUUUUGCUGGUUUCAUAACUAAAUCUCAGCAGGAUCAGGCUACUAGCUAAUUAUACUAGAAGUACCCUGUUCUGUGUAUAGCAAAACAAGUGAGGUCACUUUUUAAUGUUCUGUGAGUAAAAUUGUUAUCAGUAAUUUUUCAUUCCAAUCCUGUUUCUAUUGUAUCUUCCUGGUCAGGAGACCUGGUGUGCUUUUGGGACAGAGGGAGGAGAGGGAAGGAGGGAGAGAACCCAACGAUCUGUUUUUUUGUCUGUAUGAAAUGAGCUCAUUUAAUAAAGUGAUAACUCCUA